CGCUGGUUUCGCUGGCUUGGCUGGCUCGCGGCUGGCUGGCUUCUGCGAGCAGCGCGCAUUUUGUGCUGGGUUGAGCGUUGUGUGAGUACGUAAGCCUCGCGUCGGUCCGCGCGGCGCGAUGAUUUGUGUGCGCGUUAUUGGUGGCUCGUCGUUUGGUUUGCAAGGCAGCAGUGCAACGUCGUUGUGGUGAAUAACCGACAUCCCAAAAGGAAUACGCCGACCACUGGAGUGUGCUUUCGUCAAACUCCGAUUACGGCCGUGUGUUGUGAAAGGGAGCGUGGAGACAGCAUGGGUCCGACCCGUCAUCUGCUCCUGUAUGCGAUCGGUAAGUGUGGAGGUGACUUCCGCAUUCUGGAACCUUCGUGGAUUGAACACUGGCUUGCCUAACGCAUGGUCGCUAGUGACGCUGGUGCAGGACGCGAAGCUGUCGCCCACGCCGCCAGCACAGACCUGCUUCGUAGAGACAGCCAUACAGGAGACCAACCUGUGCAGUAACGUCUUCAGGAGGAGCGUUACUGAAAAGGCGUUCAACGCAUCGGACCCGAAAGAUCUGAAGGAGGCCUGCUGCUCGCUCGACCGGCUGGAGCGGUGCCUCCAGGCGGCCUCCAACAACGCGGGCUGCAAGGAGGAAGUGAGCGCGCUGGUGUCCACUCUGCUGCGCGUGGCGCGCAACUUGCUGGGCGACGUCUACAAGACCCGCUGCCGGUUCAAGUGCAGCUCGGCCUGGUCGCUGUCGCCGCCGCGGCUCAUGGUGCUGCUGCUUUUCGCGGCAGGCCGUGCUGAGCGGCCGCCGCUUAUAGACCGCCGGGGUUUAACCAGCUGUCGUUCCUCUGGGCGGCCUUGCGACCUCGAGGUCCCGGACCUCAACCGUCACUCGUUCGCCUGAUUUCUUCGCAUGAACGGUCCACAUCGCCGAAACGGGGAGUUUGUUUCUGACUUCGUACGGACCGACGUGAUGUACCUACUUCAUCUGGCCAGACUGCAAGAGCCGUCUGCGCAGGCGCCACCGCUGCCGUCAUGGCGUGCACGAACUAAGUCGGUCGAUUCCGUGGUGGGCCCUCGUUAAUGCGUUCUUCUCGAACAAGACGAUUGUUGUUUUGUGCUCGGAGUGACAAGGGCGUUUGCUUACAUCGCACUCUAGUAACUAUGAUGCUACGAGCGCUUGACUUCAACGGUCUCAGGGGAAAGCAAUUCCGAUACCGUUCCUUGUGUCAAAUUGAACUUUCGGUCGGCCUGAAACUUGAGACCGUUUCGCAACGCGUCAUCAUUUCAUGAGAACGAAUAGCUCUUCCUUCCCGAGGCUCAAGGAAGGCACCGAAACACAGGAACGGAUAAACUACGAGCAGCCAACAGUUUGAUAACAUGAAGACACCGCGCAUAUAUCAAGCAGGACGGCUGUCAUUGAAACAUCGGCAGACUGGCACGUCACAGGAGCAUACCGCUAUGCUCCACUGACAUUGUGCGUGGCGCGUUACUCAGGAGUUCUUGUGGAUAUCCGCAUCAUGGUGGACCCUACUUUGUAUUGCUGUGCUCAAUCUAAACCCCUCGACCGACCACGCAACUGCUUUCUUGAAUUUUCGAGAAGGCACAGGAUGUGUUGUCACGACCCCGUUGUGCGCGCUAUCUCGAACUCCCGCUUUAUCCGCCACUGGUGUCCGCUCCAUGGUAUAUUGUGGACAGUCCUUCAGUACUUUGAAAGCAAGUAGAAAUGUGUGCCAUUGUGUGAGAAAUGAUUAAUCUUGUUUUUUACCGAUACCUAUUUUUUUUCUCACUGAAAUGUUCUGCAAUAGAUACCAUGGCCCAAUGUUGUCUUGAAAGAGAAAGUUUACAGCUGUAUAGAGGAAGUUUGCAUGUCAUGCUUUUCUUUCUCACGGCCUUUCACAAUUGGCGAUCACUGUGUGUUGAAGUGACUUAAUCGCAUUCAGGGGGCUACACAAACAAAAGAAAAAUUUAUGAAACGUGCUUAUCAGCCCUUACAAAAAAAACGAAAAAAAAAACAAACAAGAAAAAACACUAACAAUUGAACGUGAAACGACUUGUAGCCUAGGUAUAGGGGAGAAAGCACGCAGCAUGCCAGUUCAACGUGCCGAGUGCUGGCUGGAGGCGUGAUUGAUUUAAUUGCAAUGGAACUAGGGGAUGCACAGUCGGCAGUUCUUGGCGCCAUAACUCUUCUAUAGCAAUACAUUCUCUCAGUGCAUUUUUUUUUUCAGGGAUACUUGAGAUGCUGACGCAGUGUUCAAGAAGCUUAUUCUCUGCAUCGCACUUGUGCAGCCGUAAGUCCUUCGUACUUAAACGUCAGUACGGCCGUGAUAGCACAGCCUACUGCAUUUCCUCGCGGACCUGAGAAAUCUUCAAACCUAGAGGGCCAUGCGUUUUCUAUUGUUUCCUAUUUGUAAUUGUUUUGCGUCUUUGUCAGUUAUCUUUGAUUUCGUUGCCGGCUUUCGUGUGUGACAACAGGAGCACCACCUGUGCCGGCCCACUCAGACGAGCUGUUCUGCUUCUACACAGUGCAUGAGUAGCCUUCACAAGACUGCCGUCACCGGCCCCUGCAUUGGUGUAUUGUGACACAUCAUCUGUGCUGGCAUGUGCGCAUCCGCGCGAACUGGUGUGUUUGGUGACACGGCCACUCCCACACCUCGCCACCGCUUUACCAGUUGCAUCUGUCUAAGGGGGAUGUGUGUCGGACCUGUGAUGCCUGCGUGCGCACGUUGAAGAGAUCGGACAGCGGAAUGACGCCGCGACUUAACGAAGGAUUAGUCAACUGCGUGAGCCUAUUGUUCUUAGAAAACCUAGUGCGUGAACUGUUGUGCCGCUUUGGCGAAUUUGUGUUAUUUUGAAACUAAUUCGGCCUCUGGAGACGGUAAAAUGCGAGCAGGUACAGCCGCAUUCGAUAUGGCGAGCCGCCUUGUGUCGGCUUAAUUGUGCGCCAUGUCGCUCCAGCCACACGGCGGAUGAACAGUAUAGUAUAAGCACAGAAUUAGCUAUACGGGCUAGGGUACUGUUGCUGUAAAAUUUAGUGCGAAUUUAGUACGCUGAUUGGCGACGAAUUAUGCACGGUGAUUUAUGACUUUCGUUCUCUGCGAUGAUGUUUUGCCUGGCAGCAGAUGCAACGAUAAAGCCUUCAAAACAUACCUGACCAACAAGCGUACUUUGAUGGGCUGUUGCAAAGAUACUUUCCUGGAUCACUAACUACCCACACUGUACCUAUACAUCGGCGUUCCAAAAAUCAUCCAACUUAACACGAUCCCUGCAAGUAUGCGAGAACGUGAGUCAGAAAGUAGCUGUGCAUUGUUUCAUAGCGUAAAGAACGUUCUACGCCAUGACCGAAUGAACCACUUCGCAAUAGACAAAGUGUGGCGCAUUCAUGUGGCUGGAAACACACGUACUUGAGCGAAUGUAGCUGUUGACAAUUCUUCACCUUCACGUGAAUUCGGGUCUGCCUCAGACAACUGAUAGCGCGUGCGUAAUUGUCGGUGACGUAGCUGCAGAGUGCUUUCGUGUGCUGCUCAAAGAAAUGAACAGGCCUGGAAUGCAGAUCGGAUUCGACUCAUACACUGCCAGUUGAGGCUUUGCGUGUUCCUUUGCUGUCGUUCAUUCAGCCACGGUCCCAAUUUGUGGUCGCCAAUUGUGCUGUAAUGCGAUUAGGUAUCAAUGCAGGUUGCUGUAAUUCUGAGUCUCAGUUGAAACAUUUUGUCCCUGAACUUGGAAACAGCGGGCAGUGCAAACAAGGAUUCAUAAUCUGCGCAGUUUUGGAUAACUUGACGCUAUCUAUCCUUUCGGCAUUAUUCAUUAGGCGUCAGUUGCUCAACCGACCCACUUAUCGACGUAAGCGCAGUGUUUUAAACGACGUUUCAAACCUACUUACGACAUGUCAAAAAGUUGUUACUGACGCUUUGUUAUGCUGUUUAAUUUUGCAAUACGGCCAGAUUGCCGUUGUGCGCCUAUGUCACGAGAAAGUGUCCGUAAGUGUCCCGUUGCGGUUGAUCGAAGAAUGUGCGAGAACUCUAGAAAAGUACAUGGUGUGCACAAAGACUGAACAUGCUAUUUCGCUGGUGGCGUAGGUGUCAACGGCAGCAGUCGUUGCCACUUGCAAGUCAUGUGCUGUGUAGCACCCGCUGAUAAAUUCUCGCCUCUAGGAAUGUUAACCGGAAAACCAAAGACAGAUUAUCGCCAGAGCUAUAAAUAACUUAUUUCACAGUGUAUGACAGCGCCAUUUACUAUGCCCUUCUCUAGCCCCUGUUCCUUUUUUUUUUUUUCUGGUUACGUUCUGUUUUGCAAAAACGAGCACGCGAGGGCGAGCUUUCCAAUUUGACUCACCUGGAAAAGUAAUGAAAAUAUCCGGUAACAUGCUUUGGCGAAUGAAUUGCCAAACGCCGUCCGCUGGAUAAAUGCUACUGUAGAGGCAUAUACAUAAAUGUGCGAUUUCUUCAUAAGAAUAGCUUGUGGAAUUUCUAACCGUAUGAUCUGCCGAUGUGGCUGCAUAAGGAUCUGGUGUGCCUAUUUCACAUGUGCACAGAUGUUGUGCUCGAAGAAAUUUUCGAAAUGUGUGUGCUUUCUCGAAAAGCGCAAGAAAUCUAAGUAUUUAUUAAUAAAAACUGUGAUGCUCCGAUCCCUAAUUGGAACUUUUCAGAUCCGCUAGGCGCCUUUACCGUAAAGCCGACACUUUGGCAUGUCACAUUUCAGAGUGAAGUAUAGGGAGUCUCAAAGAACGGAGCGAGAUUUCCAUUCUUGCAACCUUUCUUGAAGUGUUGUGCAGUCCACCUGUCUUUGCGGUACAGUGCCGCCCUUUUCCUUUGUUUCUCGCGAGCGGAACUGAGCAUUGUUGUGCACUCGUGCGUGCGUCUACUCAUUUUGGUUACCAGCUGCUUGCGUAAGUUUCUUUUGUAAAAGAUUUUUUUACUGCCGUAUAACUCGGCGUUUUCUUCUUCUUCGUUGACGUUCGAGCGUCUCUUUCAUUCCUUUUUCUCGCAGUAAGGGCUUCCCGAUGGUAGUUCUUUCAGUGUCUUGUGAAGAAUGUAUUUCAUUGCCAAUAUUGGCGGAACGAAUAUAAGCUUGGUGCUGUGCCUGUCCAAAGCGCAAGCCUAUUUUCUUUCACGCGCAUGAUUUUUAUUUGUUUGUUUGUUUUUUUUUCGAAAGCAACGGGUGCAUAUUUGCACUGCUUGGUCAUCGCUAAGCCUUCUUCCCUGAUGGCUAAGCGACGUAGCCGAGCCUUUCUCGAAUAACGCCGCCUGUUCAAGCGCCCCAAUGCGCAGGUUUCUCUUCCUUUGCUCAGCCACUUUCAGGCCUUCAGCAUUUUGCUUAAUGUCCCCUUUCAGUGGCCGACCUAAAGAACUGCUCAUCGAGAUGACCAUGCUAGCGAAACUUUCGUUCUUCUAUUCAGAAAAAAAAAGUGUGCUGAUAUAUUGACAUUGUUGAUCCUGUUGUAGUUAUGAUUAAAGACAACAUUUCUUUUUCAUCAUA